AUGACAACAUCAACCCCCACCACACCAAACCCCUACGAACAAGCGACGCCCCGACCCCCACGCACCGCCUCGCACGCGGCGGCCGUGCGGCUCCGGAACCGGCGCCGCGCCUACCUGGCCCGGCACCCGUCGUAUCUGACCUCGGCGGACCACGAGCUCGCCGACCCGCUGCUGUACGACUCGCUGGUGCGGCGCUUCCAGACGCCCGCCGAGCGCGAGGCCGACGGCCGCGCCAGGGGCUACGGCCGCGUUCUCGAGACUUCGCUGCUCCGCGGCGAGGCCAAGCUCCAGAGGUUGGCCGAGAGCUACGUCGACGGGCCUGCGCCGCCGCCGGGGUUAGUGGGUGGUAAUGGUGGUGGUGCGGCGGCAGAGGCGCCCACGAAUGGCGCAGCCGCGGGCACCGAGAAUGGCGGCGGCAGGGAGACCAACUUUACCAUAACCCAGGAUCUGGAUCCGGAUCCCAAGGACGCCGAGGCCGGCCGUGAACAGUGGUUCGAGUUUUUGCAAGAUCGCUUCGUCAGUGGCGGCGACGACGAGUUUGACUACUCAAAGGUGGACGAGAACGAAGAGUAUGACGACAUCGAGCGACAGGAUGCCGAGGAUGCAUGGUUCGACAAUGAGGUGCCACAGUGGCAUGAUGACGACGAUGAUGCGAAUGGGCCUGCAGCCGGCCGAACGAGACCCCGUGAACUAAAAGGCGAGACGGGAAUUCAAGACUUUUGA